GAUUAGAGCGGAGAGGACACAGAGGCUCACACAUAAACCCGGCCAGCCAGGACAGAUCCGGAUCAGACCGGAGAGGACUCUUAUCAGACUUUGACUGGACUCAGGAUGUCCAAGCAUCUUCUUUUGGCGAGAAACAUUUCAAGUGGACUCCAAUGACACCUCAUGUCCUAAGAUCUCCAGAAGCCUCGCGGUGGAUCGUAUCUUUUGUUGGAAUCCUCAAACUCUUUCGUUUUCGGUUCUACACUAGAUCACACGAAAUCUGAGAACUGGUCUAUCAGUUUUAGUUUGAGUCUGACUGGUUCGCGUUAAUCACACCAUGAGUUGUUUCGGGUAUCGUCGAGAGCUGAGUAAGUACGAAGAUGUCGAUGAGGACGAGCUUUUGGCUUCCCUCAGCCCCGAGGAGCUGGCCGAGCUGGAAAAGGAGCUGGUCGACAUCGAUCCGGACGCCAAUGUGCCCAUAGGAUUGAGACAGAGAGACCAGACUGAUAAGACGCCGACGGGCACCUUCAGCAGAGAGGCCCUCAUGAAGUACUGGGAAAACGAGACUCGUAGACUGCUGGAGGACGAGAUCGGCGGAGGAAGUCCCAAACUGGAUGAAGAACAAGACGAGGAGUGUGUGACAGAAGAAAACAGCGAAGAAGAGGACGAGAAAGAUGAUGCAAAUGAAAAAGAACAGAAAAAGUCUGAAAAACAAAAGGAGGAGGAGGAGGAGGAAGAUGAAGAUGAAGAAGAAGAAGAGGAGAGUGAGGAGGAAGAGGAACCUGUAACAGAAGAGGAGGAGGAGGAGGAGGAGGAAGAGGAGGAAGAGGAAGAUAAUAAAUUAAAGCCUGAACCCUCAAAGGAUUCAGGGCCGCUGACGUCGCGGUCCGACACCCCAACACUGCUGAGGCCUCAGAGGGUGGAGCCUGUCAGACUGACUCCUCCUCCUCCGCCUGUCGACCAAAACACGACUGGAAACCCGAUUGUUGUCGACGACGCUCUGCAGCGAGUCCUUAGCAACGACCCUGAACUCACAGAGGUUAACCUCAAUAAUAUUGAUGACAUCUCACAGGAAACUCUCAUCCGAUUUGCUGAAGCAUUGAGGCCCAACACACACGUGAGAGUCUUUAGCCUCGCCAACACCCGAGCCGACGACCCCGUGGCUCUAGCCAUCGCUAAGAUGCUGAGGGAGAACUCGUCCAUCACCAGCCUGAAUAUAGAGUCCAACUACGUGACUGGGAAGGGCGUGAUGGCGCUGGUUCAAGCUCUCCCAGGAAACAAUACUCUGACUGAGCUUCGGUUCCACAACCAGAGACACAUGUGCGGAGGACAGGUAGAAAUGGAGAUGGUGAAGAUUCUGAGGGAAAACCACACUCUGAUCAAACUGGGCUACCAGUUCAACCUUCCUGGUCCCAGAAUGAGCAUGACCGGGAUCCUCACCAGGAACCAAGACCGCCAGAGACAGAAACGUCUGCAGGAGCAGCGGCAGCAGCAACAGCAGGGCCAAAAGGGGGCGCAAGAUGGAGCAGUUUACCCAAGAACUACCGCACUGCGAGGAACACCUGUUUCCUCACCGUACAGCUCACCUUGGUCCUCGCCCAAACUGCCCCGAAGCGACCUGGCUAAAAAACAGACUCCCCCUGCUCCACCUCCUCCUCCACCUCCACCGCCGCCGCCUCCACCUCCCCCACCACCGCCGCCUCCUCCCCCGCAGCGGGAGACCAAGAAGCCCACGAGGAUGAUCGCGGAGGUCAUCAAGGCGCACGAAGCGGGCAGCAAAAAGGUGGUGAAAACGAAAGGGAAGAAGGGCAAGAAGGCCAAGGCGAAGGAGAAAGAGGAGACGAGCAGCAUCCUGAAGGAGCUGAAGAACGCCCUGAGGCCGGUGUCGGUGGACAGGAGGGGGGAGGAGGGCAGCAGGCCGUCCACGCCGAUGAGGUCAGCCCACGAUCAGCUGAUGGAGUCCAUCCGCGGUAGCAGCAUCCGCAGCCUGAGACGGGUGGAAGUCCCGCAUCAUCUCCGAUAAUACCAGGAGAAAUGAAAGAGAUCAUCUCGUUAUCAAGCUAAAAGGUGGAAUUAACGAUGGAGUGACCAACAGUGACGAAACCACUCAAGCGCCAAAGGUGACAACGUGGGUUUUCUGAGGAGGCAACCCUGAAUUCUUACGCAUAAAUAAAAUGUUUAAAAUAUAUACUGGAAAUUUGCACUGCAGUAACGACAGCUUUACAUUUUAAUAACGUGUCAGAUUUUUUGUACUCACGAUAGAAAAACGGUAUGUUGAUUUUGAAACGAGUUUGUUUACGUUUUCUAAAUCGCUGUUUUCUUGUAAAAUUGUAAAUACGACCUUGUUGUUGUUGGUUGAGCUACUGUAUGUUUUAAUGUCUAAAUAUAGCCAUUUGCUGUUUACAAUACUG